UUACACUGUGGGCUGACUGACACGUACGCCUCACCAAAACACUGAAGCAGGAAGAAAUACGCUCGGCCUACGCCUCUCUCCUCUGGGCAGAAACCAGGCGCAUGCGGAUUGAGUAGUCUCUCUUCUUCUGUGGAAUCGUCCUUAAAACAGUCAAGAUGAACGUGUUUGAACGCAACAUCAACUUUGACGCUCUCUUCAAGUUCUCUCAGAUUUCUCACUCGACACAGUUGCACUUGAAGAAUGUCUACUCCAGUCUGGCUGUGUGUAUGUUUGUGGCGGCUGCUGGCUCCUACGUCCAUGUGGUCACCAGGCUCUUCCAGGGCGGUCUGCUGUCUGCUCUGGGCUCUCUGGCUCUGAUGGUGUGGCUCGCCAUGACUCCUCACAGCCCCGAGACGGAGAAGAAGAGGCUGGGGAUUCUCGCGGGCUUCGCCUUCCUCACAGGCCUUGGUCUUGGUCCCACUCUGGAUUUCGUCAUCGCCGUCAAUCCCAGUAUCAUUGUGACCGCGUUCCUUGGCACAUCUGUGAUCUUCGUCUGCUUCACUCUGAGCGCUCUGUAUGCCCGGCGCCGUAGCUACCUGUUCCUUGGAGGCACUCUGAUGUCUGGCCUGUCUCUACUUUGUGUCAUGUCUCUGGUCAACCUGUUCAUCGGCUCCGUCAUGAUCUUUAAGAUGCACAUGUACCUGGGUCUGCUGGUCAUGUGUGGCUUCGUGCUGUUUGACACUCAGCUCAUCAUCGAGAAGGCCGAGAACGGAGACAAGGACUACGUCUGGCACUGUGUGGACCUGUUCCUGGAUUUCAUCACCAUCUUCAGGAAGCUCAUGGUCAUCCUCUCCAUGAACGAGAAGGACAAGAGAAAGGAGAAGAAGUAGAUCUGUUUUGAUAAACUCCAAAAGGCACAACUCAAAUUUCACUUUUUGUCUUUAAACCGUUCUGGGUUCGUUCCAAGAAUUAAACUAAUCUUUGGUUUGAAA